GGAAGGAGCUUGCAGUGUAUGUGUGGGAAAAGCGAAGCACGGAAUCAGGACCACCACAUCAGCAGACCCAGGCAGCCCGGAAAGAAAAUAUUGCUGGAACCUGAAAUAAAAGGAAGUCCCUUGUGGAGCUAACCCGAAGCAGGACCCAGCAUUUCCUGGAGCUCCUCCGCAGCCCUCUGAACGAGUUGGUCCUAUCUGAGAUUCCCCAUCAUGAAUUUCCUCAGACGACGUCUGUCGGACAGCAGCUUCGUGGCCAACUUGCCCAAUGGCUACAUGAUGGACCUGCAACGUCCUGACAGCUCCACCAGCUCCCCAGUUUCCCCGGCAACUGAGAGGAGGCAUCUUCAGGGCCCUCCCACACCGUCUUCAUUCUCCUCAGGGCCCAGUCUCUUCAGCUCAUUCUCUAGCGCCAUGAAACAGUCCACACAAGCCACCUCGGGGCUGUCGGAACCAGCGGGAAGCCCGGCGCCAAUAGCUCAGAAACCUAAGAUCCUGUUGGUAGUGGAUGAUGCCCACACAGAUUGGGCCAAGUAUUUCCAUGCAAAGAGGACGAAUGGAGAGCUAGAGAUCCGAGUGGAACAGGCUGAAUUUUCAGAGUUGAACCUGGCGGCCUAUGUCACGGGGGGCUGUAUGGUGGAUAUGCAGGUCAUCAGGAACGGGACCAAAGUUGUGAAAUCCUUCAAGCCUGACUUUGUCCUGGUCAGACAGCAUGCCUACAGCAUGACUCUUGGGGAAGACUUCCGCAGCCUGAUCAUUGGCCUCCAAUAUGGGGGCCUGCCCAGUGUGAACUCGCUGUACUCCAUCUACAACUUCUGCAGCAAGCCCUGGGUGUUCUCCCAACUAAUUAAGAUCUUCAAUUCACUGGGUCCAGAGAAGUUUCCUCUUGUGGAGCAGACGUUUUUCCCCAACCAUAAACAGAUGCUUACAAGCCCGGACUUCCCUGUGGUGGUCAAACUAGGACAUGCUCACGCUGGAAUGGGAAAGGUAAAAGUGGAAAACCAGUAUGACUUCCAGGACAUCGCCAGCGUGGUGGCCAUGGCCAAGACUUAUGCCACCACAGAGACCUUUGUUGACUCCAAAUAUGACAUUCGGAUCCAGAAAAUUGGCAAUAACUACAAGGCCUACAUGAGGACAUCCAUUUCUGGGAACUGGAAGGCCAACACAGGCUCUGCUAUGCUGGAGCAAGUGGCCAUGACUGAGAGGUACCGACUGUGGGUGGACACCUGCGCAGAAAUGUUUGGUGGCUUGGACAUCUGUGCUGUCAAAGCAGUCCACAGCAAGGACGGGAAGGAUUACAUCAUUGAGGUGAUGGACAGUUCAAUGCCCCUGAUUGGGGAGCACGUGGAGGAGGACAGGCAGCUAGUGGCCGACCUGGUCAUUUCCAAAAUGACUCAGUUGCUGGUGACAGGAGGGACUUCCCCUUCACCCCCGAGGCCUUGGCAAGUCCAGCCAAAAGCGGUGAAAUCUCAGGGGCAACCCCACCUUGGACAAUCGUCCCAGCCACGCCCACCCCCUCAAGGAGGCCAGCGCCAGAUCCCAUCACCUCAGCCCGCCCGGACAGGAGGGCCCCCUCAGCAGCGACUGUCCCCGCAGGGCCAGCAGCCCCAGAGCCCACAGUCCGGCUCGCCUCAGAGAUCUCCCGGCUCCCCGCAGCAAUCCAGAGCCGCCAGCGGAGCCUCCUCCAGUCAGCCCUCCAAGCCAGGCUCCUUGCCCCCUUCCCGGCCCCCGGCCCAGGGCCGGGGCCCUGCUCAGCCGGGCCCUGGGGACGUCUCUAAAUCCCAGGCUUCUCCUCAUCCUCAUCUCAACAAAUCCCGGUCUCUGACCAACAGCUUCAACAUUGCCGACUCCUCUCCACGGGGGAACCCCAACGAAGAUGAGGCGAAGGCAGAAACCAUCCGCAACCUGAGAAAGUCAUUUGCUAGUUUGUUUUCCGAUUAACUCCGCCUCGCGCUUGGCGUGAGUGCCCAGCCGGCCCCUCCGACCUCCCAGCUCCAUUCCAGUCUGCCCACUUGCAUCUCCCAGCCUCACUCAGUGCUUGUCAGUGGUCCAUUCCGGCCCUGUGAACCGAGCCCUUUUAGGAGAGCUCGUCCCAGUUCCUUUAACCCAGGAACCCAUUCUUUGUAUAUGCUCUAAUUUCACUUUUAUUGUUGUCUGCAUUAAGCAAAAGGGGGAAAAACCAGGAAGCCUCGACUCUUCUGAGCAGGGCUGAAAGGUGGGUCCCACUGCUCUGAGGACUUUAAUUCCCCUACCCAGAGCCAGGUAGCAAGUUCUUUGUGUGUGUUACUUCAUUUCUGGGAGAGGAGAUUCUCCCAUCCCCUCACCGGAUUCUGAAACUGCGUUUGGGUGGCAAAGAUGUACUAGGCAAGUAAGACUUGGGCCGUUUAUUGGGAAAAAAAAAUUUAAUUCUUUUUCUUCCAUUCAAAUCCAACAUCCCUAGCCCAAGCAAAAAGCUUGAUCGCAUUUGGCCAGAGGAGUGCCGCGAAAUAAGUGCUGAGUCUUCCUUAACAAGAAGGAUAUGAAAUCUAUGCAGCACAGUUGGCAAGGAUACCGGUCCCUGCCUUUCCUCCUUCAAGCCCUCGUUUUGUCUCUAGGAUCGUUCCCUCGAUCCUCGGAACCUGCCAUUCGCUGGUGAGGUGAAGGUCUGUAAUCCUCUCGCGGGUUGGGGAAACGUCCAUUUUCAGAUCCAGGAGUCAUUUGCUGCUUUGCAGUUCUCCGGCUCCAGUUCCGUAUCUGAGUCUGGACGGGGACCCGUUGGACUGCCCUCCUCUCCUUGUUCUCCCAGCUUUGCCACCUUGGAUUCCUAGGUCCAGUAGCCAGUGAGGAGGAAUCCCGAGGCCCCCAUGCCCAUCACCAUCCCCGCAGCCUGAAAACCAGGGAGCCAAACCCACCGGGCUCCGGACGACGGCAGACUGGGGCUCGAGGUGAUACGCUGAUCUUGAGGGCCCGUUUUCUCUAGGGCCCGAUCUAGACAGUGCUGGCCUUCUGCACGAAGCCCAGGUAUCUCGGUCUCACCCACGCAGCGCAGGAAAAGCAAGAGAAUCAAGAGGAUGAAUUCUCCUUGUCUGUCUCUCAUGUAGAGGGGCUUUCACGAGGAUCAGGGACGGUCUACGCCCUCGCUCCCUGCGUGCGAGAGAUGGCGAGUAGCAUGUGACCACCUAAUCCUGGGGAAGCAAUAAAUACUCCUGGACCGUCUGGGGCCUGGUCUGCUUGGUGGACACAUACCAGAUGAAUGAAAUAGCCAUUGUAUAACGGAGUUUGGGGGCUGGGCGCUGAGAAGGGAGCAUAGUGUAAUUCUGGUGCUUUCUUUUCAUCUUUCUAGUAGAAGAAACCCCCUUUCUUUCAGCUGCGCAUUUAUGGUGAGUACAUGUCUUCUGUACAGGCACACAGAUGCAAGGCUCAGGGCUCCCUGCCAGAAUUGCCGGAGGUUUUACACACACACUCACUCGUUCAUAUCUGCACUCUAUGCAACAGUGGAAUUAGCAGAGGCCUGGCAUCACACUUGUAUUCAACCCCAAGUGGAAACGGAAACCCUCACGGUUGAGCCAACCAGGUAGGGCAGCCAAAAUUCCUGCUGCUCCUGCGGUCUCUCCCAGAGCUCCCUGGAACCAAGGGAAUUUCGGGUUGUCAUUUCCUUUUGGGCCGUUUGCUUCUCUCCUUCUACCUCCUGCUACCUCGCCCUUUCCCUAAGCCCUCUUCAGAAGGGGAGUAGGGGAAGAGAGAGGUUACCUGUUCAUAUGGCAAAACUUUUGAAAGGGUGGACGGUUGUAUAGACUGACUAAAAAUCAGCCUGGGGAUAAUCUAGGGCAGGGGGAAGCCCAGACGUUUCCCCCCACCACGAGCCUCAGUGCCAUAAUACUGUCUUGUACGCAGUCUGAAAGUUUCAGGUUGGCAAGGCUCAGCCGUCCCUUACAACAGUUCAGGCUCGGGAUGGAUUUGGAAUUACAGGCCCCAUGUUUGUGAUGUGCUUGGCCAUUGUUUGCGUUCAUUGUGCGGAGGUAUUGGUAUUAAUUUAUGCUGAAUCUGUCGGAAAGAUGAACAAAGCAGGAACUGAGAGUUAGCGUAAUGCCCGUGUCCAAAUGGGAGGUCUUUUCAAUAUGGGUUUCGAGAGACCUCUGUGACUGCGUGAAUGCCAUCCAAUAGCUUGUGGUUUUUUUUACUAUCUACUAGGGGUUUGGACAAAGCCAUCUCUGCUUUCUGAACCAUUAAUCUGAAUCACAAAGCAGCUUAGCCUAGUGGACGGCGCACAGGCCUGAGAGUCAGAAGACGAGGGCUCCAAUUCCAGUUCCG